AUGUCGACCCAAGCAGCGCGAAACAUUCGUCUCACACACAAUUCCCAGCAACGAUCAUUCCGGCUGCUGGAACUGACGCCGGAAAUCGCCGAGCUGCUGUCUUCUGACAAUGCACCUGUCCUCCAUCUCAAAUCAUCCCCGUCAGACCCCUCAGCCCAGAAUACUGCGUACGUGAACCUGUGCACGCCGGACAAAACAUUUCGCAUCCGACAAGUGCAGUCAUCAAACUCAAUACAUUUGAUUCAGCCGAGUACGGGCGAGAACAGUCGGGUUGUGCCUUUGAAGCAGCAGAAAGAGAAAGAAAAUGACGGGUUGAAUGAGGAGUGGGCCGACACUGUAUCGACAGUUGCCAAAUCCCAAUCGACGCUGGAAGUACACGCUUUGGAAGAAGGCGGUGCGUCGGUCACGCAGAUGCUGGCGCAGGGGUUGCGAGUGUAUGGUAGUGAGGAUCAGGAGGAUGUUGACAUGGCAGACUCAAAUCGACGAGAGGAAGUGGUGACGCGGGCUGAGAGGGAGGGCGCGAAGAAGAAGGUUAUUGCCGACGUGCCCUUUUCAGAGGCAGAGUGCAAUGCCGCCUGGACCGAUAUCUGUGCUUUUGUGCAUGUUGAUACAGAAAGCAACAACAACGUUGCAGCUUUCCGGCCGUCAGCGCGAAUGAAAAUAGAUGCGUGGAAGAGGAUCCUACAAGGCUCUGUGCUGCAGAGCAUUGAUUUGGAGAAACAGUUUCUGGCGAAUGACUUGUGGAAAGCUGUUCUCGGCGACGAUGACGAUGGCGAAGAAGAAGAGCCGUUUCCUCGACCUUUGUUCGAUGCGCUUCUCAAUCGACUCGUUGAAAAAACUGGCUCUCAGCCGCUGGAGCUGAAAUGGUCGAAUCUAGACAAGGAUGCUUCUAUCAAAUGGAUUGGCGAGACAUAUUUAGAAGCUUUCGCCCCGGUAGAGCGCUCUGCAAUUGGUCGCUCUGAAUUCCUUCGGGCCUGGAAGGACUUGUUGCCCGAGGCAUGGCGUGAUGCAGCUUCCUUGGAUGUGCUACCGGCAAAUUCUUAUAAAUCUCCCGACCCCGUCUCGAUCUGUUUCGUGAAAGAGUCCGAACGACACAAGCUAAAGAAAGCAGGCGAGGGGGCUACAGGAGCCGGUGCGGCCACAACAAAGAAUUCUAGGAAUUGGCAUGAACGGUUUAGAAGCCAGAGGAAAUGA